CGACUUUUGUAAAUGAUCAAUUUUCCCCAACCUCAUAAAUCCAGCUUCACCAAUUUGUCUUCUCUAUCUUCGUUUUCAGAUAUUUUCGUUUUCUCCCCUUUCCAAUUUCCAUCCUCGAAUCACAGUAUAUACACACUUGUCCAACAAAUUGUUCCUGAUUAAAUUAUUCAUUUUAAUUUACGGUUGAUAGCUGUGAUAUGGCGGAAUCGGUGGAGCUGCCCGGCCGGCUCGCUAUACUUCCGUUCCGGAACAAAGUGCUGCUACCUGGUGCGAUUAUUCGAAUUCGAUGCACUUCAUCCAGCAGUGUGAAGUUGGUGGAACAGGAAUUGUGGCAGAGGGAGGAGAAAGGACUGAUCGGAAUCCUGCCGGUUCGUGAUGCUGCGGCAGAGUCUUCAACCGCCGGCUCCCUGUCGUCUCCAGGUAUAGGAACUAAUUUAGGAGAACGAAGCUCGAAAACCCACGACGAAAUAUCUGAGUCCCACAAGCACGGAGCUAAGAAUAACCAAGAAGUUAUUCACUGGCAUAACAGCGGAGUUGCUGCUCGAGCUUUACAUCUGUCAAGAGGAGUAGAGAAACCAAGUGGAAGAGUCACCUACAUUGUUGUUCUUGAAGGGUUGUGUAGAUUCAGUGUUCAGGAGCUGAGCACAAGAGGAACAUAUUACACUGCCAAGAUCACUUCCCUGGAUAUGACUAAACUUGAGAUGGAUCAAAUAGAACAAGAGCCAGAUUUCAUAGCAUUGUCCAGACAAUUUAAGGCAACAGCUAUGGAGCUUAUUUCAGUGCUUGAGCAGAAACAAAAAACAGGAGGUAGGACUAAAGUUCUACUAGAGACAGUUCCUGUGCACAAACUGGCUGAUAUUUUUGUAGCAAGUUUUGAAAUUAGCUUUGAAGAGCAGCUAUCUAUGCUAGACUCUGUUGAUGUGAAAGUGAGGCUUUCCAAAGCAACAGAAUUGGUUGAUAGGCAUUUGCAGUCGAUUCGUGUAGCUGAGAAGAUUACACAAAAGGUUGAGGGACAAUUGUCAAAGUCACAGAAAGAAUUUCUCCUCCGUCAGCAGAUGCGGGCUAUUAAGGAAGAACUUGGCGAUAAUGACGAUGAGGAGGAUGAUGUGGCUGUUCUAGAGAGGAAGAUGCAAGAUGCUUCGAUGCCUGUUAAUAUCUGGAAACAUGCUCAGAGAGAACUAAGGAGACUGAAAAAAAUGCAGCCUCAACAACCUGGGUAUAAUAGCUCCCGCGUAUACCUGGAACUUCUUGCAGACCUACCUUGGCAGAAAGCCAGUGAAGAGCGGGAAUUGGACUUAAAGGUUGCAAAGGAGUGUCUUGACAUUGAACACUAUGGUUUAGAGAAAGUGAAGCAGCGGAUAAUUGAAUAUUUAGCUGUUCGCAAGCUCAAACCGGAUGCAAGAGGUCCAGUACUGUGUUUUGUUGGUCCACCAGGUGUUGGAAAGACAUCUUUAGCUUCAUCGAUUGCGGCAGCUUUGGGCAGAAAAUUUGUCCGCAUAUCCCUUGGUGGUGUAAAAGACGAGGCUGACAUUAGAGGGCAUAGGCGUACAUAUAUAGGGAGCAUGCCUGGGCGUCUUAUUGAUGGACUAAAGAGGGUAGGCGUGUGCAAUCCAGUUAUGUUGCUGGAUGAGAUUGACAAAACAGGUUCUGAUGUUCGAGGCGAUCCAGCUUCGGCGUUACUUGAAGUGCUUGAUUCUGAACAGAACAAAACUUUUAAUGAUCACUAUUUGCAUGUACCGUUUGACCUGUCGAAGGUAGUUUUUGUGGCCACUGCAAAUAGAAUACAACCUAUUCCUCCACCACUUCUAGACAGGAUGGAAGUCAUUGAGCUGCCAGGAUAUACGCCUGAAGAGAAACUUAGGAUUGCAAUGCAGCAUUUAGUUCCACGAGUUCUUGAUCAGCACGGCUUGAGUUUUGAUUUCCUUCAAUUCCCAGAGGCUAUGGUACAACUUGUUAUUCAGAGAUAUACAAGAGAAGCUGGUGUGCGUAAUCUAGAGAGGAACUUGGCUGCUUUAGCACGUGCCGCAGCUGUCAGAGUCGCUGAACAAGAUCAUUCGGUGCCACUUAGCAAAGAUGUCCAGCGACUAGCUUCUCCAUUGCUAGAUGGUAGACUUGCUGGUGAGGCUGAAGUGGAAAUGGAAGUGAUUCCAAUGGGUGUAAACAAGCAUGAAAUAUCAAAUACAUUCAGGGUGACCUCACCCUUCAUUGUCGAUGAAGCUAUGUUAGAGAAAGUUCUUGGACCCCCAAGGUACGAUGAUAGAGAAACUGCUGACAGAGUUGCAACUCCUGGAGUAUCUGUGGGACUAGUAUGGACAGCCUUUGGAGGAGAGGUUCAGUUUGUUGAGGCUACUGCAAUGGUUGGAAAAGGUGAUUUGCAUCUCACUGGCCAACUUGGGGAUGUUAUUAAGGAAUCAGCACAAAUUGCAAUGACAUGGGUUAGAGCAAGAGCAACGGAGCUUAAAUUGGUUAACGCUGAAGAAAGCAAUAUCCUUGAAGGUAGAGAUAUUCAUAUACACUUUCCUGCUGGGGCUGUACCAAAGGAUGGCCCAUCAGCUGGUGUAACUCUUGUUACAUCACUGGUUUCACUCUUCAGUCAUAGAAGAGUCAGGGCUGAUACAGCAAUGACUGGGGAGAUGACUUUGAGGGGUUUAGUCUUACCUGUUGGUGGUGUCAAGGAUAAGGUUCUAGCAGCCCAUCGGUACGGAAUUAAGAGAGUUAUUCUUCCAGAGAGGAACUUGAAAGACUUAGCGGAGGUGCCAGCAGCUGUGCUAUCGGGUCUAGAGAUAUUACUUGCAAAGCGAAUGGAGGAUGUGCUGGACCAUGCUUUUGAGGGUGGUUGUCCAUUGAAAAAAUAUUCGAAAUUAUGAAAAUUCUCGCAUUUCCAUGAACAGUUGUGGAUAUGACUAGGUAAAGUUAAAAGUGAAAUUGCAAGUCCAUCUUGUAUUUAGCAAGUUGUGUUUACGAAUUACUCAAUAGGUCAAUGUAUUAUGAAUGGCAUGUUAUUAAGCUGCGAGUCGAGUCGAGUCGAGUCGAGGAGGUUGAGAUUAAUUUGAGCUCAACUCUCUCCAUGCACACCACACUUGACGCAGCUAAGUUGAUAAUGUACCUGAAAAUGAAAACAAAGGAAGUGUGUGGUCAACUAUUAAUCGUAUUAUCUGUUUAUAAUCUUCAUAA